AUGGCACCGCAUAGUCUAUUAGACGGUCAUGAUGACGGCCCAACCAGCAAUGGUUUUCCAAAGAGCGACACUGAUGAUCAACCAGCCCGGUUGUCAGCCUAUAGCUCUCUGAAUAACAAGUCGCACCUAAAGAAGACGUCAACAGAAGAUGUGCAUGAUCUUGUCUGUGUUGGAUUCGGACCAGCUAGUCUCGCGGUCGCAGUCGCCCUUCACGACGCCAUCGACAAUGGUAGUCUCCACAAGACGGGCACCGGGUCGACUCCGAAAGUUCUUUUCCUAGAGAAACAGCCAAGGUUUGCGUGGCACGCCGGAAUGCUCCUCCCUGGCGCAAAAAUGCAGAUAUCUUUCAUCAAAGACAUGGCUAGCUUAAGGGAUCCUACCUCGCAGUUCACUUUCUUGAACUACCUCCACAAGAACGGCCGGCUGGUUGAGUUCACAAAUCUAAAUACGUUUUUACCGUCGAGGGUCGAAUAUGAGGACUACCUCCGCUGGUGCGCCAGCUUUUUCGACGACGUCGUCCAAUACAACAGCGAAGUGGUGUCUGUCUCUCCUGUAAAGGGGCUCGAACCCAACGGAUCGGUUUCCACCUUUACCGUUACGUCGAAGGAUCAUAAAACUGGUGAACUAACUACUUAUCGAUCCAAGAACGUUCUUCUAGCUAUUGGUGGACAACCAUCGAUACCGAAAUGCUUACCUUCGAAUCACCCUCGAGUCAUCCACUCGUCUCAAUACGCGCAUCUCGUGCCAAGGAUUCUAGAAAAUCCAGCUUCUCCCUACCGAGUAGCUGUUAUCGGAGCCGGACAGAGCGCCGCCGAGAUUUUUAACAACAUUCAAGUCCUAUAUCCGAAUUCUCGGACAUCCUUGAUCAUGCGCUCCGAAUUCCUGAAACCCAGCGACGAUUCACCAUUCGUUAAUUCAAUCUUCAACCCCUCGUUUGUGAACUCCCUCUAUCAAAGAUCUGCCGAAGACAGAUACACCCUACUAGAGGGAGCUCGGAGCACCAACUACGGAGUGGUCCGGCUAGAGCUUAUCGAGCGUCUAUACGAGAAAAUGUACGAUCAAAGACGCGAACUUGGGACCGACGAAAGAAAAUGGCCGCAUCGCAUCCUAGGUACUACAGAUGUAGUCGGCUUAGACACCAAGUCUGAUCAGCUGCGGCUCACAGUUCGUCCUCUAACGUCGAAGACUGCCGUUCACGACGGCACGCGGGAAGAAGAAGUCUUGGAUGUCGAUCUCGUCAUCGCAGCAACAGGCUACCAGCGCCAGUCUCAUCUGACUAUGAUAGAAGACGUGGCUCAUUUGCUACCUCAAGCUUCCGAGUCAAACGGAGCUCUACCAAGUGGCAUAGUUGGACGGAAAUUUUCAGAAGCUAAGAUUAACGACCGCUCGGUAAAGGUAUCGCGCGACUACAGCGUGCAGUUUUCCCCUGGGAAAGUGGCGCCAGGAUCCGGCAUUUGGCUUCAAGGUUGUUGCGAGGGAACACAUGGAUUAAGCGAUACUCUGCUGUCUGUUUUAGCUACCCGAUCCGAGGAGAUAGUCGGCUCUAUAUUCGGCAAGGGUGUGCAAAAUGGGAGCAAGUGA